UUGAGUCAGUCUUCGGCCGCCAUUCAUUCAAGCAAGCGAGCAAACAAAGUUGAGCAAUAAACGGAGAAUAAGAUAUUAAUUCCCUCUGCUCUUUUUAUAGUUCACAAAGAUUUUUAAUGCCAAUAAUAAAAGUACUAUAAUAACCGGAUUUAAUUUUUUUUUAUUAAGUGUUACCAAUAAAAGAGAAGAAAAAAAAAAUAACUAAGGGAUACCCUUAAAGAAGAAAAAAAAAAAGAUAAAGAUUCUUUUAACAAAAGUGAAUCAACACAAAAGAGCAUUAUACACGCCAGUGAAGUUCCCCAUUUUUGUAUCUGAAAACAAAAAAAAAAAAACGUGUUUUAUUGAGGUUUUAUAGUGAGAAAGAAAAUGAAUUUAAGAAAAAAUAAUUAUUAAUGAUUAAAUACAAAGGAUAUACAAAAAAUCAUUAAUAAAAUUUAAAAUUAAAAGCAAAAAAGGAUUAAAUAUAAAAAUAAUCCAAAAUAUAUAAAAAAAAAAGUCUAAAAAAUAAAGUGAUUUUAUUCUUUUGUUAUAAUAAAAUUAUUAUGACUUCAACAAUUCUGCAAGCGUCAGCACAAGCAGCAUCAACAAUGGCAUGGUCAAAUGAAAAACUACGUUUAUCUUGUGUCGACAACAUUGGAUUAAGACAGUUGUGGAAGUUAAUUGUAUUAAAUAGUAGCAACAACAACUCCAAUAGUACUAACAAUAAUAGUACUAACAACAUUAUCAACAAUAACAACAACCAGAACAGUAAAAAUAAAAACAGCGAAAUCAACAGUGAAAAUCUAGCUGAAUUCUUAACAAACCGUGACAUACUGCCACCAAGUGAAAUGUCAUUGCUGAAAUUCUUAGCAAUUAAUGCCUUGGAAUUAAGUGCCCCUGCUUCGCCUGUUUUAUUACAACAACAACACCAACAGCAUACAGCUGCAGUUGCAGCUGCUGCGUGUAAACCAAAAGGUUGGAUGCAGCUAUCGGGACAUCCAGAGAGUAUUGUACCAACAUCAACUGGCAUCGUUCGCAAACGCGUCGUCAGUCCAACUGAUCACGAAGCCAAUGCCUACGAAUUCUUAACGAACGAUCCAUCAGCCAGCAAACUUGUACCCAAAUACUAUGGUGUCGCCGAAUACAAUGGCGAUGCUUAUAUUGAACUACAAGAUCUCCUGGCCGGCUUCAAGGACCCCAAUGUUAUGGACAUUAAAAUGGGCUGUCGAACCUUCCUCGAGUCUGAAGUCACAAACAAAACACUCCGACCCGAUUUGUAUCAGAAAAUGAUUGCUCUUGACAAUGACGCCCCCACUGCCGAAGAGCACGAACUACAAGCCAUCACAAAACUACGUUAUAUGCUUUUCCGUGAAGCAAUGUCAUCGUCGCACACGAAAGGUUUUCGAAUUGAAGCUCUUCGUCGUCGUGGUGCCAGUCCUGUCAAAGAUUUAAAAACCGUUCGCAAUACCGAUCAAAUCGAAGAGACAAUCCUGCAGUUCCUCAAUUCAAAUAAAACUAUUACAAAAGACUUGAUCAAACGUCUAAGACAAAUGAGAACUCUGAUGGAGAAGUCUGAAUUUUUCAGACAUCAUGAAAUUGUAGGAUCGAGUAUAUUUAUAGUUUAUGAUGAUGAAAAAGUUGGAGCAUGGUUAAUAGACUUUGCCAAGUCGAGACGUCUUCCUGCCGAUGUUCAAGUCAAUCAUCGACAAGAAUGGAUACCUGGCAAUCGUGAAGAAGGUCUAAUUAAGGGAAUGGAUGAACUUAUUAGAGUCUUUGAGGGAGUGUAUGAAAUUCAAACUGGCAAAAGGCUAACAAAGUGAAGAAUUUCUGCUGUAGCAUUUCUCUGCAAAUUUUUUUAAAUAAUUUUUAAUUAUUUUUUGCCUCAAGACUGAUCAUAAUAUAUUAAAUAACUGCAUCUCUUUUUUUAUCAUUUAAUUUAAAAAAAAAAAAUGCAUAUUGUUUUGGCUUCAUUUAGAACUUGAUUAUUUUGUAUUUUCUAGUUUUUUUUUUUUUAUUUAUAAUUUUCUUAAUUUAUCAUUUUUUCUUAAUUUUCUAUUCCAUAUUGGAAAAAAAUUUAAACAAGCUUUGUCGCAGUAACCAAAAAAAUGCGCUUUCUAUGUUUUUCGAGGAGUUUUUAUCCUCUCUAAUCUG